AUGUCAUUGGCGGCCUACAGAAACCUCAUGCGCGCUGCGCGGAUCGCCUUUCAGGGCGACGUCCAUGUCCUUUCUGCCGCCCAGAACCAGAUUCGCCAGGGUUUCCAGGAAAACCGCGCACUCGACUCCGAUUCCAACAUCCAGACGGCAAUCAAACAUGCCGAGGACGUGGCCACCAUCCUGCGCCAGAACAUUGUCCAGGGACAAAGGAUGGAGAGCGAAGGCGACACGCACACCUACAAGCUACGAAUACACGAACACACCGAGCGAGGCGAUAACGACAGUAUCUUGACGGCGGGCAAUGGCAAGAGUGGUGGUGGUUGUGGCUGCAAUUGA